AUGACACACAAGAUCAGUUUGUUGCCUGGUGGAUGCACCGGGAGCUGUGAGGCUGAGAUGUCUGCAUUGAAAGGACGUGUGGCCCGACUGGAGAGAGAGAUGUCCACCCUGAAAGAGAAAUGUCCAUGUUCUCCAACAUGUCAAAAUGACUGUAGUGGCAAUGGGGAAUGUCAGAAGGGAAAAUGUGUCUGCCGAAAGGGAUUUCUGGGUUCAGACUGCAGUAAGUGUGCUGAUGGAGCAGAGUGUAGUAAAAAAUCUACCAAAGGGAAGGUGAACAAAGACAGCAAUGUCAUCAAGGAAAACAUGCAGGAAAAACCCACCAAAGUAGAGCUCACACUCUUUGAGAAGAAGGACCAAAAGAAGGGUAUUCUGGCCAAGGAGACUGAUGCCAAACCCAAAGUCGCCACUAUUGCCAAAACAGCAACUUCAGAUGAGGCUCGGGUUCUGCAGAACAAAACGAAUACCCAUGUCUCUGGCGUGAGCACCAGAAGGAUGGGAGGAUCUGGAUUAGGUUCUGUGAAGGUUGUGAACAUCUCCUCCUACAGCUUCACUGUCACAUGGUCAUCACCACAAGGAAUGUUCAAGAACUUCACUGUGGUCAGAAGAGAGCCUCGAACAGAGGGUGACGAAGACGAAUAUGAGGAGUUUGAAGAGGAAACUCUUGAAGGAGAAAAGGUGUCCACAGCUAAAAACACAACAGAAUUCCAGGUACACAGCGAAAGCGUGAACGUAACUGCUUCCUCUGGUAAAGUUGUUGUAUCAAGAGGUAGAGUUGAGACCAAGAGGAUCACUAUGAUGGUCCCUGGCAACGUACGUUCUGUUGAGUUUAGUAACCUACGGGCAAACACACGCUACAUCCUGCACAUAUAUGGUACAGCUGCUGAGAGGAGAUCAAAGAUUCACAGAGUUAUUGCAACUACAGGACCUGAGCCAGCGACAGACAUGGUUUUCAGCAAUGUAACUGAGUCCUUUGUCACUGUGUCCUGGUCCAAACCAAAGACUGCAUUCACAGGCUUCAGGAUCACAUACACUCACAUUGUCACAGGGGAGAGUCGGGCUAUGAGCAUUGACUCUAAGCAGUCGCAUGUGGUUCUGUCCAAUCUAUCUGCUGGGUCCUCCUACGUGAUCGCAGUAUUCUCUACACAAGGUAGAGCCCAGAGUGAUGCCCUCACCUCCACCAUCACCACAGUGCCUGCGGCCCCAACACAUCUUCAAGCCGUCAAUGUGACAGAUACCAGAGCUGUGCUGCAAUGGACUCCCAGUUUAGGGAAAGUAGACCGCUUUAUCAUCAGCUAUGAGUCCUCCAAGACUCCUAAUGUGACAGUGACAGUGAUGCUGUCUGGAAACUCAGUGGAGCACCAGCUGAGAGGCCUGCAGAGAGGCACCCUAUACACAGUCAAAGUCCUGAGCCAGAAGGACAGUCUCCAGAGUACAGCCAUCUCAACUACAUUUACUACUGCUAAUGUGGUUAAAGCCAGUGAGGUUGGUCCUCGUUCUGCACUGAUAGUUUGGAAAACAUCCACUGUUGUUUAUCACAGCUACAGAGUGAUCUACCAGGUGGUAGGAGAGGAAACAAAAGAGUUGACCCUGGAGCCCACCAUUACAGAGUAUAAACUCACCGGGCUGUUGCCUAUGUCACGCUAUAUUGUUCUGGUACAAGGCGAGAGAAAUGGACACUACACACCUCUUAUCACCACAGAAUUCCUUACAGGGAAAGUGCGUUUUCCUUUCCCCACUGAGUGCUCUCAGGAGCUGCUGAAUGGAGCUCUGCAGUCAGGAGAGGUGAAUAUCUACCCGCAAGGUAGAGAGGGACAAGCAGUCAAAGUCUACUGUGAUAUGGAGACUGAUGGAGGUGGCUGGACGGUCUUCCAAAGGAGGAUGAAUGGAAAGACUGAUUUCUACAGAACCUGGAGUGAAUACAGGGUUGGUUUUGGGAACCUCAGUGAAGAGUUCUGGCUUGGAAAUGAGCUGCUGCACAACCUGACCAGUAUUGGCCCUGUGAGUCUGAGAGUGGACAUGCGAUCUGGAAAUGAUACUGCUUUCGCUCACUAUGCCAACUUCUCCAUUGAUUCAGAAGAAAAGCUCUACACCCUCACAGUGUCUGGCUACACAGGAACAUCAGGUGACUCUAUGAGGUACCAUAAUGGUCGCCCAUUCUCAGCUCGGGACAAGGACCCUGAUUCUUUGGGGAUCCACUGUGCCAAGGCCUACAUGGGAGGCUGGUGGUACAAGAACUGCUACAAGACCAACCUCAAUGGUCUUUAUGGCACAAACAGUAAUAAUCAGGGAGUGGUCUGGAUUGACUGGAAAGGUAAAGACUCCUCCAUUCCAUUCACUGAGAUGAAGUUCAGACCGUCCAGGUUCUCUCCUGCGACUCAUGGCUAA